CUCUUGAUGUUUUACAACUCUAAAGCAUACCACUUAGAGGUAAUUCACCAAAUUUGCCCCUUUAUUACAAUCUACAUAUUGUUCACAUCUCUUUGCUUCCCACCAAAGAUAUUCUUUGGUAAACAAAACCAUAUAUAGAACUUAUCUUCUUCAUGCAAUACCCUACAUAUAUAGUCAUCUUGUAUUGAAACUCUCAUUCUUUAGAUGUUGUGUACAAGAAAUAUACGAUGAAUAAAUUUUCCGAGCUUUUCAUUUUAAUCGCUACUUUAUUGACCGUUUUUAUCCAAGGUUUGUCGGCUUCGGUUGUUUCUUCUGGGGAUUAUAACAAUGAUUUCUAUGUGAUAUGGUCCCCGAGCCAUGUAAACACAUCUUCGGAUGGCAAAAGCCGAACACUAAUUCUUGACAAGAAUUCAGGGUCUGGUUUUGCUUCGAAGGAUAUGUUCUUGUUUGGUCAGUUUGACAUGCAAAUCAAGUUGAUUCCAGGGAACUCAGCAGGCACGGUUGUGGCAUUUUAUUUGAGUUCUGAAAAUCAAACAAAUAGAGAUGAGGUUGACUUUGAGUUUCUUGGCAAUUUGGCUGGAAAGCAAUACACUCUCCAAACCAAUGUGUAUACAAAUGGAUCUGAUGAUAGAGAGGAGAGGAUCAAUUUGUGGUUUGAUCCAACAAAAGAUUUUCACACCUAUUCCAUUCUAUGGAACAUUCACCAAAUUAUAUUUAUGGUGGAUUGGAUUCCGAUACGGACAUUUAGAAAUCAUGCCGAUAGAGGGGUCCCAUUCCCAAGUUUGAAGCCCAUGAUGCUCGUGGCCUCAAUUUGGAAUGGAGAGAGUUGGGCCACAAAUGGUGGAAAAGACAAAAUUAACUGGGCCUACAGCCCAUUUUUAGCCUCAUUCCAAAACUAUAAGCUUGAUGCCUGCACAUGGAAGGGGAGCGUAAGGGCUUGCAGCAGUGUAACCCCAAUAAAUUGGUGGAACAACGGCACAUUCAGCUCUCUAACGAGGGCCCAAAGAAGAUUGCUUAAAUGGGUCAGGAUUAAUUACCUCAAUUAUGAUUACUGCCAGGAUAAUAAGAGGUUUAACAAUAGUCUCCCCAAGGAAUGUUUUCUUCCUCCCUAUUGAUUUAAUUAAGUGGAAAUAAGAAAUGUACCCUUUGCUUACACUCCAUAUAUAAUAUAAGUUUAUCAGUUAAAAAAUUAAUAAACCUGUAGAGUUAUAUUCAGUUGUAAUUCAUAAUCUAUUAUUCAGAUAGAGCAACUUCAACCUAACACUCAAACCAAAUGCAAACAGGAAAAUGAAGUAUUUGUCCUCCAAUCAACCGUUUAUCAUAAAGAGAAGACAUAUCACCAUUAAAUCCAUGAUCAAAAUCUCAAUGCCUAGAAAAAAUGGGAUGCAAACUGAUGCGAGAUUGCAUUAGCAUAUCUCAACAAAUAUGAUCGACUUUGGACUUUAGUCUGAUUAUUAUAUUAUUUAUUUUCA